AAUGACGUCGUUUUUAGUAUCUUGAUGAAAAGGGUCUCUCUGCUUGCAACCGUCGUACAGCAGAAACGGCGCGUCUUUGAGGUGGGAGAGAGCGAGAGAGAAAGAGAUGAGCAGGUCAUUGCCCUUUUCCAGGCUCUUCAGGCAGCUGGAGCAAGAGAUGGAAACUGUGGUAAAGGUACUGCAGCCUGGACCUUUAGGAAUCAUAGAGCACAAGUUCUCUGCUGAGGAGAUACGCAAGGCAAAUGCUACAGUUGAGAGGGCUGUAGAAACUUGGCGGCAGAAUGCAAUCCGAGAGCAGAGGAAUCCACUCUUGAAAGAUUAUAUUCAUAAGUGAAGGAUCUGCUCAAGCUAACCUUCAUGGGAGAUGGAGCAAUCGAACUUUGUUGAAUACAAAUGUGCAGUUCAUGUAUUCAUUU